AUGAACAGCCAGAUUUUAGACUUUACUGAUCCAAUCUACCUUUUUGCAUCUUGGUGGAAACGAUUUUUGCCAGACUUAAAUUCAACUAUACACCGUGGCCAUAAUUCAAGGAAAGAACUUGAAGACGUUGAAUGUAAAAAUCCAGAGGCAUUUUCAGACCGUGUUGAAUCAAAUAAACAAGAUAAACAAAAUAAACAAGAGGAUUUUGUGUCGGAUGUGAACAGGAAACAAAUUUUGUUGCAACGUGAACUGGACAACGCUCUGCAAAAUUUGAACACCCUGUCAAGACAUUCUCAAACGGUUUCUGCUCUCUCCAUGAUCCCAUUCCUGGUUCUGUUUGUGUCUUUUAUCAUUGCAUUUUAUCCAUUUUUCGCUAACGUUACAGCUACAACAACAUUUUUUCUUAACAAUUGA